AUGGACACUAAAAAAUUAGCAACCAGCAUAUCUGACGACAAUAAAAGUACGAAACAAGUAUUUGGGUCCUCAAUAAUAGCGAGUGCACCUAGACGAUCUAAUGCUCGUAUGGUACAAAAUGUCCUUCUUGUUUGGCUAGACAAAAAUAUUGAUGUAGGCAAUAAUCCUGAUUGUCGAAACACACUUGUUCAACUUCGGCGUGUUGUUAACACCGUCGAAAUAUUUACAGACGAUGAAGAAUGUAUUGAGUUCGUCCGAACCAUAGAAAAUAAUGACAAAGCUUGUAUGAUCAUUUCGGGUGCACUUGGGCGACGUAUUGUUCCACGCAUUCAUCAUAUGUCUCAAGUAGACUCCAUUUUUAUUUUUUGCAUCAAUCAAAAAUAUCAUGAACAAUGGACCAAAGAUUGGUGCAAGAUCAAUGGAGUGUUCACAAAAAUCAAACCUAUCUGUGAAGCUCUGAAAACAGCAGCACAACUAUGUGAACAGAAUGCUGUUCCUAUUAGUUUGUUGGCCACCAAUGUUGAUACGACAAAAACAAAUUUGAAUCAACUAGAUUGUUCAUUCAUGUACACAUCGAUUCUUAAAGAAAUUUUGUUGACAAUAAAAUUUGAAGAAAAGCACAUUAAACAAUUUAUUGCUUAUUGUCGUGAACAGUGUGCCGAAAAUGAUCUUGAAUUAGAACAUAUUAAGAGCUUUGAAAAAGAUUAUCAUAACAAGACGCCUAUUUGGUGGUAUACCUACGAAAGCUUCUUAUUUGGAAUCCUCAACCGUGCGCUACGGCUAAUGGAGGUCGAUAUUAUUAUUGACAUUGGCUUCUUUAUUAAUGAUCUUCAUCGUCAAAUCACUGAAUUAAAUCAGAAACAAUAUCGUAUUAACCACAUUAGUAAAACUUUUAUACUUUACCGUGGACAAGCCAUGGAUGUUAAAGAUUUCGAGCGAAUAAGGAACACACCAGGUGGGCUCCUGUCUUUUAAUAGUUUUUUAUCUACCACAAAGAAUCGUAUCAUUGCCCGAAACUUUGCUCGUAGGAGUCUACAGAAUCCAGAUUUGAUGGGUAUUCUCUUUGUUAUGACCGUUAAUCCAUCAGAAUCACGAACAGUCUUUGCCGAAAUUAAUGAUGUCAGUUUUAUUUCUACAGAAGACGAAGUUCUCUUCUCCAUGCACACAGUGUUCCGUAUUGGUGAUAUUAAGCCCGUGGAAAGCGAGAAAAAGCUCUUCGAAGUUCACUUAACUCUUACCGCUGACAACGAUAAGGAUCUUCGAUUACUUACUGAUCGUUUGCGACAAGAUAUUUCUCCAGGCGAAACAGGCUGGUACCGAUUGGGUUCUUUAUUACUUAAAAUGGGACAACACGACAAGGCUCAACAAGUUUAUGAAGUUCUGUUGCAACAGACCACGAACGACAACGACAAAUCGAAUCUUUAUCUUCAACUUGGAAUAGUCAAGCACAGUCAAGAACAACAUAGUGAAGCGAUCAAGUGCUUUAAAAAAUCGCUCAAACUCUCCCAGAAAACUCCUAAUUCAAACCUUCUUAUUUUAGCUGCUAUUUAUAACAACAUGGGUUGUGCAUAUCGCAAGAUGCAAAAGUAUUCGGAUGUACUAUCGUGUUCUGAAAGAGCUCUUGCCCUUCAACAACAGUCACUUCCUUCGAAUCAUCUUGAUUUGGCUGCAUCUUACAACAACAUCGGUAAUGCAUAUGCAGAAAUGCACCAGUACGCGCAAGCACUUUCUUCAUAUCAAAAUGCUUUGGCAAUUCGACAACACUCACUUCCUCCAAAUCAUCCUGAUUUAGCUUCUACCUACAAUAAUAUCGGUAAUGUGCAUUACAGUAAUAAUAAGUAUAAAAAAGCACUUACGUUUUACGAGCAUGCUGUGGAAAUUGCACAACGUUCAUUGCCGUCAUCUCAUCCUGAUCUUCAAAAAUAUAAACAAAAUCUCUUUUCUGUGAGCCAGAAUCCAUGA